AUGACGAGCGCGGUCACGGCUCCGAUGCGCGCCGGUGGAUGGAACGUCAUCCUCACCAUUGCCAACCAACAGUAUCUGGGGGGUAUCUACCAGAACCCGCGCGAGCCGACGGUUACGUUUGGCGACUUGUGCGCUGAGCUGGCCCUCUGCUUUGACUAUCCAGGCGGCGGAAAACUGCUCAACAACGUCGACAACGUUGACAACAUCAACAGCGUCAACAGCGUCAAUACUGCCAACACCGUCAAUGCCGCCAGCCUCAUCGACAGCGCCAAUAGGGACAGCAACCAAGACCAAGCCAACAUCAACGAAAGGCCAUGGUUCGACAUUGCAUUCGCGCUCACGGAAACGCCAGACGAGGCAGAUUCCCCUGUCAAUCAUCCAUCCUUCAUCACAAGUGAGAGGUUUGACGAGCUGGUUCCUGGCCUAGCCUCUGAAAGCGCCACGAGGCGGCGAACCGUCACCUACCACAUUGUGCAUCACAAGGCUUGCAAUAUUUCUGGUUCCUUCAAAGACCAUAUACGAGCCAAAUGCGUCUACAGCCUCCCUGACCCCCGCCGUCGCCAUCACCCCGCCUUCCUCCCUUACAACAAAUCUCCGGCCGACCCUCGUCUCAACAUAAUGCCCCUUCGACGCAAAGCGAAAGCGCGCUCACAGUCUCCGCCGAAGCGCUCCGGCUCAACCUCUCCUAACAAAGCAGACGACGCAGCCGGUGGCCCCGACAACCAAAGCUAUGACAUGAUCGCCCCCGCCGACAUGGACAUCGACAUUGACGCGGCUCGCAAGACCAUCAGUGAUUUUCGCAUGGCCUGCAUCGCCCAGGCUAGCUGCUGUGCCAUAUCGGGCGGCGGCCGGCCCUGGAGCGCGCUGCAGCUCAUCGGCCCCGGCGUCCAAGCCUGCCACAUUGUGCCGCAGCAGCACUACCAUUUGUACCCUUUGGGGGACCCGAGCGAUACCACCCAGGACAGCGCGCGACGGCUGUGCCAGGCUUGGGAGAAGACGUGGAGUCCCGGCAACGGUAUUCUACUCAUGAAGCAUAUACAUGACUUUUUUGAUGCGCGCCUCUUGUCCAUCCACCCAACUACGCUUCGUAUCCGGGUCUUUGUCCCCUUCGAGGAUCUUGAACUCUAUCACGGACGAAAGGCGCAAAUCCCACCCCGGGUUGACCGUAGUGCGCUCGCUCACCACUACGACAUGUGCUGCAUCGAGAACAUGGCCGCCGAGCGCCCGAAUAUCAUUCUAUCAUCGCUUGACGCCACCAACAGAAGCAGCUCGGCCAUAAGCCUUGUGAGUCCGUCGAGCGGAGGCAGCACUCCGCUAAGCGGACGGCCGAGCCUCCCUAUGACGCCCUCUUCCGGAGAUGCGUUGCAGACUGCGCCGCCCGCAGGCGACCCGUCUAAGAGACGGCGACCAACCCGUAACGGGAACGAAACGCAGGGCUGCGUCAACGACGACGAUGAGUAUUGGUCGGAGGAGGAGGUGGUGCAAGAUUUGCUGAGGGGAAGGAAGAGGCAACGACCAGACGACUUCAGCUUUGAUGGCUACGUCACGCAGUCCAAUAGUCGCGAGUUUCUGGCCAACGUCAACCGGGAGCUGCAAAAAGAUCUUAGGCUGGCCUGA